UUUGUUAAAAAAAAAAAAAAACGCAAACAUUGUUUUGAUCCAUUUUAUCACCGAAAACAAAAUCAUCCUCAAAACCCUAAAAGCUUCAGAUCUUUCUUAGGGUUUUCUCGUUUUUGUUCUCAAUUUCUGAAAUUUUUAAUUUUUAUGGACGAGUGUUGUAUCCUGCGAAGAAGCUGAUCCCUUUUUCUCGCCGCCUCAUGGAUUCUGACUCGCCGAGAGCUUCUCUUGAGUCGUUUAAGGAUGAUGAUUCUGAAUGUGCUCAUGUUUCCAACGAACCUAAUCUCGAGGAAACGUGCGGUGGUGGUUCGUCUGUUGGUGGUGAAGGAGUUAGGGAUGUGAAUUCGUCCGCCGCUGCGUCGGAGCUCGUGCCUCCGGAGCCGGUCUCGGCGGAUGAGAAUGGAGAAGGUGCGGGUUUGAAUUCCGUACCUGAGAUCGGUGAUGUGGUUGAAGGGGGAGCUCCUGUUGAUGUCGUUGUUUCCUCGGAGCUGUCUCCAGUGGUAGGUAGAGGAGGAGGAGAAGAUGCAGCUUUUGAUGUUCAGGAGAGGGAUUCGGUUGGUGGUGAAGCUACGGCGGUGGAACCUUCUUCGGUGGUUGGGGAAGGAGGAGAAGAGGAAGGUACGGCUUCAAUCGUCAGAAAAGGGGAUUUUUCGGUUGAAGGCAGUGAUUCAAAAGCUAAUUUGUCAGGAGAUAGACCUGAGGAAAACAAAGAAGUUUCCAUGGAAGAAGAACAUCCAUCACAUGACCUUUCAGGUUAUGAGGUAAACGGAGUUGAUUCUCUGAAUGCUGAGGUAAAGAGAGAGGAAGGUGAACAGGUAGUUUGUGGAGGCGUUGCUGGUGAGGAGAGUAGUCAGGCGAUAGAGAGUGAGUUAGGGGAGAAUACAGAGUCCGAAAAGGAAAAGGUAGAUUUGAUGGAGGAGGAAACUGCAGCGCAAGCUGCCUCCUUGGUUAAUGACAUAGAAAUUCCUGAUGAUAAAGAGGUAGCUUGCGAAAAUGAAUUUGUAGAGGAAGAGCCAGUGAAAGAGGAGUUACAAAUAGGGGAAGGAGCUAAGGAUCUGACAGAUGGGGAUGCAAAAGAAGGUGUGGAUGGCAUAGAAGAUGCAAUGGACAUACAGGUAUUGAAGAAAUCAGAGGAGGAAGAAAAGCUUGAUGGUGCUGCUGUAUCGGAUAUUGAAACUAAGCCCCAAGAGAUGGAUGAUGUGGCUACGGUGGUGUCUGAAAAAACUGCGGUUCCAGUGGAUAUAUCAUCAGCUGUUGUUACUCAGUUUGCUGGGGAAACAAGUAAUGAUAAGGAAAUUAUAAAGAAUGAUGUCAAAGAAGAUGCUGAGAACGAUUCAGAAGCUGGUAAGUCACUGGACAUACAUGUACCAGAGGCUGCAGAAGAAGUAGAAACAGAUGUUAAGUAUGGUGAUGGGAUAGAGAAAGAAGGCGAUGGGUUAGGUGGUGAGGGAAAAGCAGGUCAGACAGUUGAUUUGGACGAAUCUCGAGAAGAAAACCAAGAACUAUCUCACGAAGUGGCUAAAGUAGAUGAAACGAAGAUUUCUGAAGUGUCAGAAGAAGCAGAGCCAAUGAUUGGAGAUGCGGAUAAGGAGAAAGAUGACGACAUGACUGAUUUGGCAGAGGAUAUGGAAACCCAUGGAGACUCCUCAGUAGCUGAUAUUGAGCAGGGAAGGGAAGAUCAUGAAGAUAUGGGACUUACAGAGAUGACAGAGACACAGGAGGAGACUGCUAUGGGUAAAGUAGACGGAACAAAUAUUGCUGAAGUGUCAGAAGAAACAGAGACAAGGAUUGAAGAUAGGGGUCAGGGGAAAGAUGAUGUGAUGACUGAUGUGGCGGAGGAUGUGGUAACACAUGGAGACUCCUCACUAGCUGAUAUUGAAGAGGGGAAGAAAAAUCAUGAAGAUAUUACAGAUACACUGGAGGAAAGUGUUACGGCUGAGAUGGGUGAUGAAGAUCCUGAGGAUGUUGAUGAAGAAACUAAGAGUGCUGGAGGAAAGAGGAAGCGGGGGAGAAAUACAAAGACAGUAAAAGGGACGGGAAAGAAGAAAGAAGAAGAUGUUUGUUUCAUGUGCUUUGAUGGGGGUGAUCUUGUCCUUUGUGACCGCAGGGGAUGCCCAAAAGCUUACCACCCAUCCUGUGUAGAUCGAGAUGAGGCUUUCUUCCAGUCAAAGGGUAAAUGGAACUGUGGAUGGCACCUGUGUAGCAAAUGUGAGAAAGCUGCAACCUACUUGUGUUAUACAUGCAUGUUUUCAUUAUGCAAGGGCUGCGCCAAGGAUGCUGUCUUCUUUUGCAUCAGAGGUAAUAAGGGUUUGUGUGAGACAUGCAUGGAGACAGUCAAGUUGAUAGAAAGAAAAGAGCAAGAAAAGGAGCCGGCGCAGUUGGAUUUUGAUGACAAGACCAGCUGGGAAUAUCUCUUUAAGGAUUACUGGAUUGAUUUGAAAACCCAGUUAUCUUUAAGUCCAGAGGAGCUUGAUCAGGCUAAGAGCCCACGAAAGGGACAGGAGUCCAAUGCUAGCAAACAGGGAACAGCCAGCGAGACUGACUAUGUUACAGAUGGAGGAUCAGAUUCAGAUAGUUCUCCAAAAAAGAGGAAGACCAGGAGUCGAUCAAAGUCUGGUUCACCAGCCAAUAAGAAUUUUUCAGGUGAAACUACGGAGUGGGCUUCCAAGGAACUUUUGGAUGUGGUCGUGCAUAUGAGACGUGGUGACAGAUCUUUCGUACCUGAGUCAGACGUACAGAAUCUCCUGCUGGCCUAUAUAAAAAGAUACAAUCUUCGUGAUCCCCGUCGUAAGAGCCAGGUUAUCUGUGACUCCAGGCUUCAAAAUUUGUUCGGAAAAUCACAUGUUGGGCACUUUGAGAUGUUAAAUCUCCUUGAUUCUCAUUUGCUUAAAAAAGAGCAAAAUCAGUCGGAUGAUAUUCAAAGUGACAUUGCUGAUACAGAAGAGCCCAAUCAUGUGGAUGUUGAUGAAAACUCUGACCAUCCAAUGAAAAGUGGGAAGGAUAAGAAACGUAAAACACGCAAAAAAAGUGUCAGGAAAGGACGUCAAUCUAAUCUUGAUGAUUUUGCUGCUGUUGAUUUGCACAACAUUAAUUUGAUAUACUUAAGGCGGAGCUUGGUGGAAGAUCUACUUGAAGAUUCUGCAGCCUUUGAAGAAAAAGUUGCUAGUGCAUUUGUUAGGUUAAGGAUAUCUGGAAAUCAAAAGCAAGAUAUAUAUCGACUGGUUCAAGUUGUUGGCACAAGCAAAGCUCCUGAACCAUAUAAAGUUGGGAAAAAAACAACAGACUUUGUUCUUGAGAUACUGAACUUGGACAAAACUGAAGUGGUAUCCAUUGACAUUAUAUCAAAUCAAGAUUUUACUGAGGAUGAAUGUAAACGUCUAAAGCAGAGCAUAAAAUGUGGAUUAAUCAACAGGCUGACAGUGGGUGGUAUACAAGAGAAGGCCAUUGCACUGCAGGAAGUGAGAGUCAAAAACUUGCUGGAAGCAGAGAUCCUACGUUUCAGCCAUUUGCGUGAUCGUGCUAGUGACAUGGGCCGCAGAAAAGAGCUACGAGAGUGCGUGGAGAAACUGCAACUGUUAAAAUCUCCAGAGGAACGGCAGCGGAGGCUAGAAGAAAUUCCAGAAAUACAUGCUGAUCCCAAAAUGGAUCCGGAUUGUGAAUCAGAAGAUGAAGAUGAAAAAGAAGAAAUGGAAAAAGAGAAACAACUGAGGCCGCGAAGCAGUAGCUUUAACAGAAGAGGAAGGGAUCCAAUAUCUCCACGAAAGGGAGGAUUUAGUUCCAAUGAAUCAUGGACUGGCACAAGUAAAUACUCAAAAACAAGUGCAAAUCGUGAAUUAAGCAGAAGUUAUUCGGGUAGGGGUUCUAAUGGUAGAGGGGAUUAUCUUGGUAGUUCUGACGACAUGGUUAGUGAAAAUAUGUGGCCAUCAGCUAGAGAAAGAGAAGUGCAACCAUCUUUAGGCUCUGAGAAGCCAAGAUCUGUUACAAUUCCUGAAACUACUCCUAGAAGUUCUCGUGCUGUUGCGCCACCGGAAUUAUCUCCUAGGAUUGCGCCUGAAAUUCCCACGGCGCCCCCUGCUGUUGUUCAGCAACCUGUUCCCAAGUCAAAUGAGUCAGAGAAAAUAUGGCAUUACAAGGACCCUUCUGGUAAAGUUCAAGGACCUUUUUCGAUGGCGCAGCUCCGUAAAUGGAACAACACUGGGUACUUCCCUGCUAAGUUGGAAAUCUGGAAAGCGAAAGAGUCACCGUUGGACUCUAUUCUCCUGACUGAUGCAUUAGCUGGAUUAUUUCAGAAGCAAACCCAGGCGGUGAAUAAUAGCUAUACGAAUACUCAGGUAGCAGCUUAUUCUGGUCAAUCAAGCCAAUCUGAUUCCAAUUUAGGUUCUACUGCUAGGACUGCUCCAACCAUUGAGAUUCCUAGGAAUUCCCAAGAUACUUGGAGUCAAGGUGGUAGUCUUCCAUCCCCUACUCCAAAUCAAAUCACUACUCCAACAGCAAAAAGGCGAAAUUUUGAGAGCAGAUGGUCUCCAACCAAGCAUUCUCCGCCGUCACCUAAUCAGUUGAUGAAUUAUGCAGUAGCACAAUCUGGACAGAGUCAAGCAUCUAGGAUAGAUGGCCCUGUGGUUGUACAUUCUGCUGGUGCUCUACAACCUCAAACGUACCCUAUUCCAACAUCAGACUCGAUUAACGCUUCUGUUAUUCACCCUGCGACUCUUCCAUCUCCAACACCAACAGGUGGAAAGCAAAGCUGGGGGAGCAUGCAGACAGAUCAUAGAGGAAGUGAUGCUCUCUCUUCUCAGAAUAGCUCUACGUCUUAUGGCACCACAAAUCCUAGUGUUCUCCCGUCACAGAGUCAACCAGGCUUUCCUCCAUCUGAUUCUUGGAAGGUUGCAGCUCCAAGCCAGCCGAAUCCACAAGCUCAAACUCACUGGGGUAUGAACAUGGUGAACAACCAAAACUCAGGACAACUUCAGGCUCCAGCAAACCAGAACAGCAGCUGGGGUCAAGGGACCGUAAAUCCAAACAUGGGAUGGGUUGGUCCUGCUCAAGCUGGAGGGAAUGUAAACUGGGCUGGAUCUUCUGUUCCCUCGACUGGUCAGGGAAUCCCUAAUUCUGGCUGGGGCGGGCCUGUCCAAGGACAACCACAAGCUUAUCCAAACCCAGGGUGGGGUGUUACAGCUGUCCCUCAAGCUCAAGCUCAAUCACAAGCUCAAGUUCAAGCACCAGUGAGUACCACGGGCGCGGGAUGGAUUCAACCAGGUCAAGGGAUGCAGUCUGGGAACAACAAUCAAAAUUGGGGAACACAACAUCAGAUGGCGAUCCCAAGCGGUGGGUCAGGAGGGAACCAAGCCGGUUACUGGGGAAACCAACAGAACCAGAAUGGAGAUUCUGGGUAUGGUUGGAACAGGCAGUCAAGUGGAAGUGGUGGGCAGAACAACAACUUCAAGGGGCAAAGAGUGUGCAAGUUCUUCCGUGAAAAUGGACAUUGUAGGAAAGGAGCAUCCUGCAAUUACCUCCACAACUAAAAGAAAAAAAGCUUCUCUCUCUCUGCUUUUGAAUGAUGUCUACAAGACUACAUCCUUCAAAAAAAAAAAGCAGCUUUUAGGCGCUUUUAGUUUUUUUUUUAUUCACUUCAGUCUUUUGUUGGGAGCCUUUCACUCAGAAGUAGCUAACAUGUUUUUCUUUAUUUUUGGGGGUUUAGGGCUUAGUAGUAUUUAAAUAUUUGUGAUAGUGAAUGAUGAUGAUAGUUUAUAUCCUCUUGCAUAUAAUAUUUGCUAGGCCAAACAAUAUGAUGUCUAUACUCGAAGUCUCUUUCUUUCAAGCAGAGCUUCUGUCCGAGACAA